AUGGACUUGCCUCGAAUCUCACUUCCUUCGAUUAAUAUAUAUGACUUCAAGGAUAGUGAGCUUCGAAAUUCGACUCCGACUCCCAAACCGGUAGGAAUGAUGCCUGGAGGCUCGUAUCCAUCACAUGGGCCGUGGCCUAUACCCAACAAUCCGACGACGAAUUUUGCCCCUCCGCCACUGCCGCCGCCGCCCCGCAUUAGUGACCUCGAGGACGGUUACGACGCUGGCUGGCUGCACGCGAAUGCCAGAGGGACGACAAAACUCGCCCCCAUCAAUCCGAGCUCAAGCCUGUUUGGUGGCCACCGCCGCCCUGUCCCCGUGUCACUCAGUGAUCGAAUGGCACUUGACGACCUAGACGGCCGACAGAGCGGCCCCCCCAUUUCCCGGAGUCCCGAAGCGCAUAUUCGAAUCGAACCGCCGCCGCCCAUGGACGAGGGAUUCCGAAAUGCAAUCUCUAUCAAAAGCCCCAGCCCGAUCUUGAAAGGGGAGCGGGACUUUUCGCGACGAAGUGUCAAAGAUUCAUCAGACGCGUAUGACCAGCACCUGUUGUCGAAAAUUGGAAAACCACUCUCCCCACGCCAGUCGAUUAGCGGUGGAAGCGAAUCUCGAGGCACUCUGUCAACACUCACCAUUCCCACGCGGAACUAUGGCGGCCUCCCUUCUCCAGGCGGCUCGGAUAGCUCGAAUCUCGAUGUAAGAUGGGGCAGUUAUCAAUCGGGCGGCGUGUCGCCAGGUACUAAGGCAGGGUGGAGGGAUUACAUUGGGGGCCGAAGCCCCAGUGUUGAGAGUAGCGCUCCGUCAUCCGCGGUGGAUUUGGAUCAUUCAGGCUACCUACGGGAGGUAUACCGCCGGCGCGGUGGAACGACGCCUCAAUACGACGAGACUAUCAGUCUUCCCAGCCGCUCGCAUCGCGGCAGUUACGAUCAUGGCGUCUUCUCAGAUAUCGAAGGUGAUUUUCCCACCGACGAAUCGCUACCGUCUCGCAUGGUUUAUUUGCGCGAAGCCACGCCGCCCUACUCAGACGCGAAGUCUUCAGGCCUGAAGAGAAGAGCAUCGUCCCCUCCUCGCGAGCAGCCGACGGGCGACGAUCGACACCGCCUCCAUAUCAUCACCAGCAACGGGGAUCUCACCCAACGGAGAACCAGUGGUCAGCCAUACACGAACAACCUAACAAUCAACCCUAAUUAUGCUGCCAGUCACGGGAGCCAUUCAGCGGCUUCAUCAUUGAGCCUUCGGACCACUGGAUCUUACUCGUCGGCCGGACUCUCUGUGGGAGGAAGUAGUAUCACCAGCUACGAUCGCCCGUCACCUGGAGGGCUUUCACCCAACUCUGACCUCGAUACCUUUCACGAUAAGUCGAUCUUGAACUCAACCUCUCCCGCUCAAAUGGUCGCCCCGCCAGUCGCACGAGUAAUGCAGGCACCUAGCAUAAUUGAACCGUCGAGCGUCGAAACGGCGCGCAAGAUGUCUCUGCAAACCACGACCCCGAAGCCUACAGGGCCUAAGCUUGGUGGAUUGUACAUAUGCGAUUGCUGUCCCAAAAAACCAAAGAAAUUCGACAGCCCCGACGAGCUCCGUGCACAUGAGAUGGAGAAACAAUAUUCCUGCCUCUAUUGCAAUAAUAGGUUCAAGAACAAGAACGAGGCCGAACGCCAUCAGAACUCGCUCCAUUUGCGACGGCAUUCUUGGUCGUGCGCUGCGUUAUCGAGUUAUCAAGCGGCAUUCCAUCCUUCGUCGAGCUCGGGGCCAACCGGCGCCGGCUCCUCCCAUGACACCUGCGGUUAUUGCGGUGAGGAGUUCCCCAAUCAUCCUCAGCCGGAUUGGGACCGUAGAUUCGAGCAUCUCACUGUCGUACAUAAAUUUGGCGAAUGCAACAAUGCGAAGAAGUUCUUCCGUGCGGACCACUUCCGCCAGCACCUGAAGCACAGUCAUGCCGGUACGAGUGGCAAGUGGACCAAUAUUUUGGAAAAUGCAUGCAUGAAGGAGGAAGCCCCGCCCGAGCCGAAGAACGGAGGUAUAUCGCUUGCCUCGAAUAAGAUCAACGAGGUUCUCAGCGGUUGCUGA